UCCUGGAAAGUGGGAUGUUUGAAACACAAAACAGAACUUGGUCUUUUCUUGUAAUUGUUUUUAAAUAUUAAGUAUCAUUCAAACGUCUAACAACUCAAUGCUUUGAAAUUAUGCAAGGAUUUAUUUUUGUGAAAAGUCAUAAUUUUCAACAGGCAUUAUAAUGGCAUCGCUGACAACUUUGAGUAUUGCAGUUUUAUUAGCUCUUUGUUCAGCCGAACUCACGACAGACCAGUUGUAUGAUACAAUUGCCGCCAAAUUUGAUAAUGUUUACUUCGAUAUAAGGAAAAUAAGAAGUGACGUGAAGGAAAUAUCCGAAAAGAUCGAAAUGAAUGGCCAAAUUGGACAAACGGACACGUGUGAAGUCCUGAAAGAUAGAUUAGAGAGCGUUAAAAAAGAAACAGACGCGAAAUUCAUAAAGUUUGAGGAAGAGAUGAAUGAAUUGAUUGACAAAAUUACAAAUGAAUUAACUGAAAAAGGUUAUAGCAGAGGCGGAAUAAUCUCUAAUGUGGAAAGGAAUUUGCAAAUACUACAAUCAGCUGUGAAGAAUGGAAAAAAAUAUUCCCACGAUUUGAUGAGCUCAUUUGAGGGCAGAAUGGAAAAUGUUGAACGAAAGAUAUUUGCAUUUGAAAAUGCUCCUUUGAAAGGUGAUAAAGGUGAAGUUGGUAUGCCAGGGCCACGUGGUCGAGUAGGAAUGAUGGGCAUUAAAGGGGAAAAGGGACAAACUGGCUAUAAUGGCAUAAAUGGACAGAAGGGAAAUAAGGGCACACCAUCGAGUAAAGGUGAAAAGGGCGAAAUUGGAAUAAUUGGACCGAGGGGAUUUGAUGGACAUAAAGGGCAAAAGGGUGAAAAGGGAGAAAAGGGUCCAUUGGAUUUUAAAGCUAUCCAGGAAAUGAAAGGACAGGAAGGAUCUACGGAAUCACGUUACGCUGUUUAUUUCGCAGUGACCUUCAAGCCUCACAAACAGACACGUUUACAGUUGUCGUCAAAUAAAAUCUUACAUUUUGACAAUAUAUUGCAAAACACAGGAAGCGGUUACAGCACAGCAAAUGGAAAAUUUACAGCACCAUACAGUGGCGUGUACCUAUUCAUAUUUUUUGUUGAAACAAAUGGCAAUAAAUACAAUCAUGCAUGUGUAAAACUUUACGUUAAUGGACAUUAUUAUGUUUAUGCAAUAGCAGAAGCAAGUUAUGAUUACAACGAUGUAAGUGGUGGAAAUGCUUUCGUCAGUUAUAUGGUAGCAGGCGCCGAGGCCUGGCUGCAGACAUGUUCGUCAGCCACGCAUUAUAUUUGCAGAUACGGUAGCACAUUUACAGGCAUUUUGCUUUAUUAG